GCAAGUUCCCAGAAAAGGUACAACACGAGUGGGACUGAAAGAGAGAAAAUAUUUAUCUUCUAGAAAUCUGUGAUUAACAGAAAAUCCUGAAGAUAUUACAUUCAAACCGUAAUGGCUGCAAGAAACCGCAAGAAUUUUAAGAGACAACAAAACAACUCGGGAGCUGCAGAUCUGAGUGUUUCUAAGGAAGACCUUGUGACCAGUAUUCGAAAGUUGGAAGCGCAGUUAGCCCAGGAGAAUUUUUUCCAUGAGAAAUCUAAGGCUGAACAGCAGCAAGAAAUAAAGGUUCUCAAUGGAAAAGUUAAGAAUUUGGAAAGACAGAAGAAAGCGCUCUUGGUCAAGUUGGAAAAGAAUCCAUUUGAACAGCUUAACAUGUUGCAAAGAGAACUAAACGAAACAAAGAAAAAACUGGAGGAAGCAAAUCAAAAGAUAGCUAACUUCAAUAAACAGAUGGAAAAGCUAUCACGAUCCAAUAGAGAAAUCAAAAAGGCGAAGGAGAAAGUUGCUGAAGAGUUCUUGGAAAAGAUCCAGAAAAAGAACUCCAAGAUUCACAAGCUUGAGGAAAAAAUCAGGGAAUUGAAAACCACUAAUUUUGAUGCCCAAGUUCAAGAAUCUCCUCCUGCCGAGAGUAACUCCCUGAAGUUAAGUAAUACCAUGAAGUCAGAAAACUGGGAUGCAGAGAUUUAUCAAGAGGAGGAGAAAGAACAAAAAGUGACAUCCGAAAACUUUGAAAAAACUCAGACCGAGUCUCUGGAAACUUGCGCAGUUAACUUCUUUCCAUCCAUUUACAACGCGGCUACUAAAAACAAGGAAGGUCGUGAUUCCAGUCAGCAAGCCCACCAGGGAAAUGAGAUGGCUUCAAUGAAUUACUCGGCAAGUUCCUGCGCGAGCCUCGAGGAACAACCGGCAUCACCAUGUGAUAAAAACAUUCUCAAGAACAAAGACGAGGACGUCGCCCAAGAUUCUGAUAAAAACAGUGAUGCACUGAUGACGACAAACAGAAAUGAGCAUAGGAAAAUCAACUGCGCAGAAGAUCACAUUUUUUCGACAAUCUCUUGUACGAGUCAACAAGAGCGCGCCGCCAACUACGAAUGUUCCUAUAUGAAGCGUCUUAGGAAUUUAUAUACAAAGAUGGGUCUCGGAUCAAAGGCGAACGCUGCCGAAGACAUCGCUGGAGCAUGCUUACAAGUUCCUGUGGAAUACUUGAAGAUGAUGACCGCUUGUGAACGACCUCCACCCGGCUUCCACGCUGAUGAUACUGGUUUCACUCCAGGGACGAGUUUCUCUAAUAACGUCAUGUACUUCGUGCCGUCACAAACUGUUAACAACUUUCAUUAGGUGAAAAAACUCGAGUCAAGAAACACUAUAGAGUAAUCAUUUCGUAGCAAUGUUUUUCUUUGAACUUGAAAAUCUGCAAUCUGUUUUGUAACAACCAAGUCAAUAAAAUUUGCGUUUAUUUC